AUGUUCACGGAUAUUGUUGCGGCGGUGUGUAUCGCCUGGUAUAUUUUCAUAGCCUGCGUCUGCGGCAUUGGCUAUGUGUGUUUGUUCCUCUACUACCGUCAAACUCCGCAACGAGCGGCAGACCUCUCAUUCAAGUCGCCGGGAGACAUCCCGAAUGUCACGGUCAUUCGUCCUUGCAAGGGCCUCGAGCCGUACCUCUACGAGUGUUUGGCCUCGACAUUCCACCAAGACUAUCCUCGGGAUAAAAUAGCUGUUCAUUUCUGCGUGUCUUCGCGCUCCGAUCCCGCAUAUGUCACGCUCACGGCAGUCGUCAGAGAUCACCCCGGUUACAAUGCGCGCAUUUUUGUGGAAGAGGACGAUGACGGGCUCGCCAAUGGAGACAAGAAAGAGAGUCAAUAUCGCCAGCUGCUGGGCCCCAAUCCCAAGAUCCGGAAUAUGAGCAAAGCAUACCGCGAGUCAGGCAAGAAUCAUCUCAUCUGGAUCAUCGACUGCAACGUCUGGGUCGGUCGCGGUGUCUGUGCACGGAUGGUGGACAGGCUAUGCGGAUUCACGCGACACGGUGAAGCCUCAGCAACACCCUACAAGCUGGUUCACCACCUUCCCAUCUCGGUAGAUGUCGAUACGUACUCGGUCAUCAACGGCCGUGUUGACAGGCAAUUGACAGCUCCUUCGUCCCACGACACGGGCACCGCUGCAACACCUGCCUCCCGCAACACACCCGCCACUUUGGCUCAGUACGGUGGCGGCCGUCUCGAAGAAGUCUUCCUGUCCUCUUCACACGCCAAGAUGUAUGUCGCCAUCAACACCGUCGCGGUGGCGCCCUGCAUUGUAGGCAAAUCCACCAUGUUCCGGCGGUCACAUCUUGAUCACUUGACAUCGCAAGCCGCCCUCAGGGACCGAAAAUACAAGGAAGCUGCACCCCUCGAAGCGAGAACGGGAAUCGACUUCUUCUCCCAUAACAUUUGCGAAGAUCACUUGAUCGGAGACUUGCUGUGGAAAUCACGCCUCCCCGUCACCCCCGAUCUCCCUGGCAAUAUGCGCAAUCACGGACUGGUCUUCGGAGAUCUCGCCGUCCAGCCCAUUUCAUCAAUGUCUGUGACGAACUACAUCUCGCGCCGCGUGAGGUGGCUCCGAGUCAGGAAGUUUACCGUUCCGGCUGCGACGCUGGUCGAGCCCGGGACGGAGAGCUUUUUGUGUAGCGCAAUGGGGUCUUAUGGGCUGACAACGUUGGAAACUACGAGGAUUUGGGCGGGCACCACGUGGACUGCAUUCUGGGCCUGGUGGGGUUUGAGUAUUCUGUGUUGGAUGGCCGUGGAUUGGACGGUGUUCCUCCUCCUCCACUCCGGCAGGACAGUGGAAGCGAAAGGUGGAGAUACAAAUGUGCCCUCGUUCGCGAGACCUCUGUCGACAGGUUCGAAGGCGCGGAGGAAGUUCACCACCUGGAUGGUUGCGUGGCUCGGUCGGGAAGCCCUUGCGCUGCCCGUGUGGUUGUGGGCGAUCUGGGGCGGCACCACCGUCGCCUGGCGAGAUGGGAAGUACUGGGUUGGGCUGGACAUGAGGGUGCACGAGAUCAAGGACCGCCAGCGGGACAUGAAAGGGACGAACGGUCACGCUAACAAAGAAAGGAUACAAUGA